AUGCAAACCGCAAGCAAUCCAAAAGCCAUAAGUAAAAUGUACUCAAAACAAUUUGUGGCUAGUGCUGUGGUGUACUUACUGUGGUUGUCUAAUACAAAAGUUUGUGCUCAAACUGGAAAUCCAAACAUCAGUAAUAAUGGAAUCUUAAAAUCAUUAGAAAAUUUCCAAAACAGUAUUGUGGCUACGCACGGAACACAAAACAUUAGUGAAAGUGAUAAAGUUUCGGGACUGAAGUUCAGCAACAAUUAUAAAAGGCUAUUGAGUGAGUCCUCAAGUGAUUUGGACAUAAAAAAUGACUCAUCCGAGGUCGUAGAUGAAGACGAUAGCUUAACAUUUGACGGCAAGAAAAAUGGUUUGAAAUUCGAUGAUUUUGUGUCGCAAAAAGAGCUUCAAAAGUCCCCAAACGACGAUAAAAAAUCAAUUGACACGAGCUUUAUUAAUGUCUUUAAAGUCCCAAAAUCGAAAAUGAAGAAAACCUUGUCAACAAAGCAUUCGUCUAUGAAAAAUGAGCCGGUGAUAAAUGACUUCAAUAGUGAGCUACUGUUUACCGUAAAUGAUGAAAAUCUCACAAACUACGACACAUAUUUCCAUGCAUUCACGCAUUUAUACGAUCACAAUAAAUGGGACGUUAACACAUUCUCGAUUGGAAUAAGUAAAUCGUGCCUUAGAGACAUGAAGAUUUAUUUAAAUGAUUUGAGAUUGUCGAAAGAUUGGGCUGUGAAAGUGUGUGACGCAUCAGGAAGAUAUCGUGGAGCAUUUUUCUUUGAAAACUCAUUUUGGGUCGGUUCGAAAGAAUUUUGUUAUGAAACUAAUGAUGAAUAUUUGAGUGAGGGAAUUCCGGAACUUCAGUUUUUUGUAUAUAAAUUCACUGUUAAGCUGGAACCUGUUAAACAUAAGCAACAGAUUGGAAUUUUAGAUGUGGGUCAAUGUCUUCCAAAAGCCUGCUCCCUUCAAGAUGUCACAACAAUAUUAAGCCGUGAUCCAGCCUCACUCGCACUACAACAAACGAUAACAGUCAACGGAAAUCUCACAAAAGCUAAUGAACUUAAUAUAAUACGAUCGAGGCUUGUCCCCGGCAAUUACAGCAUAUGGCAAGAUCACAAAUUUUAUAUAUUCGGAUUAUUCAUUCUUGCACUUCUCACAUUAAUUAUUUUUGCAACAUUCUAUGAGAAGACAUUAAUUGCAAAGGGCUUUAAUCUUUACGAUGAAAAGGAUAAUGGAAAUAAGAAAGCAGCGAACAAACACCACAAACAUUGUGAAAAUAACAAUAACGAGGAUAACGGUAAUAACAAUAAUGGCGAUAAGUAUGAGAUGAAUCGCAUAAAUAAUAACAACAAUAACAACUAUACACGAAAGAUAUCAGAGCGUAGAUUCAUAUAUCAGAUGGUUGGCAACGCUACAUACUCAGUUGAUACAUUUUUCUUCAUUAGCGGCUUACUUGUUGUAUUAUUAUUUCUCAAAGACAACAAAAAGGGUAAAAGCACAAAGUCUAUGAGCAACGGAGCCAAAAGAAUGGAGUGUGAGGAUGUAGACAGUAAUAAACAUUCAUCUACAGAUGGAUUUUGGUUGAACAGCUUGUGCAAAACAUUAUGGCUAAUUUUGUAUCGCUUUCUACGUCUUACGCCUGCAUAUUUCUUCAUUAUGGUCCUCACAGAGCUCUCGAUGAAGGUCACAUACAAUCAAGCUGUCCUUACACCAGCAUUAUCAGAUCAUGUGAAUUGCAACAAGUAUUUCUACCGGAAUUUGCUGUAUGUCAAUAAUUUUUAUCCAUUGAGCGAGAUGUGUAUGAUGUGGAGCUGGUAUUUGGCAAACGACUUUCAAUUUUAUGUUGUUGUCAUUAUUCUUCUGCUGCUGUCAACUAGGUUCUUCAAAUUCUCAGCAGUUACAACAAUUUGCCUCUUACUCCUCUCAUGGACUGUAUCCAUUUACAUCUCAUUGGAUCAUGGAUACACACACAAAGUUGCUGAUCCCUUCGAAUCAUUCGACUUUCUGUACGAUAAGCCAUGGCAGAGAUUCGGUCCAUAUGUUAUGGGAAUGAUUGCUGGAUACAUUUUAUAUCGUGUCAAAGUUCCACCGAAAGUACCAUACGUUAUAAAUGUGAUGCUAUGGUCAAUUUCACUCUUUAUAUUAUUCAUCGUGAUAUUUGGUGUUCGAGGAGGAGAGCUGAAUUUGAUAGUCACGUCGCUUUAUGUUAGCCUUGGUCACACUGGUAAUCAUCCACAUUCAAUCAUAUCAUCUCGUCUUUUUAUAAUGCUCGUGUGCUGA